GAGAAAGCCCAUUACUACGUAGGGUUUCUUCAUUUCAUGUAAUCGCAAAAAACCCUACGCAGCAUCUAAGACUACCAUACACGCCGCCCACCCGAAGAAAUAUCUCAUCAGAAAUGGUGACUUACAAGUUUCAUCAGUACCAGGUGGUGGGGAGAGCUCUACCGACGGAGACAGAUGAGCACCCGAAGAUCUACCGGAUGAAGCUCUGGGCCACCAAUGAGGUCCGCGCCAAGUCCAAAUUCUGGUAUUUCCUGAGGAAGCUCAAGAAGGUGAAGAAGAGCAAUGGUCAAGUCCUCGCUAUUAACGAGAUCUUUGAGAAGAACCCGACCACAAUCAAGAACUAUGGUAUCUGGUUGCGUUACCAAAGUAGGACUGGUUAUCAUAACAUGUACAAAGAGUACCGAGAUACCACUUUGAAUGGUGCUGUCGAACAGAUGUACACCGAAAUGGCUUCUCGUCACAGGGUUCGCCAUCACUGCAUCCAAAUUAUCAAGACAGCAACUAUCCCGGCUAAACUCUGCAAGAGGGAGAUUACCAAACAGUUCCAUAACUCCAAGAUCAAGUUCCCUUUGGUGUUCAGGAAGGUGAGGCCACCUACUAGGAAGCUCAAGACGACAUACAAGGCAUCAAGACCCAACUUGUUUAUGUAACAUGUUUUUUAAUUUUUUGAACUCGGAACUGCCUAGAUUCUGAAAAUUCUGUUGCUUAAUUAUAAGUACCUUGAGUUUUAUAUAAUCAUUGACUAUUCAUUUGUGUUUGA